ACAAAUAGAUUAUUUGACACUAAUAUUUUAUUCCUAAAAUUUCUGUUUUGUAGUAUUAAUAUAGGCUUAACAUAAUAGAUAUUAUGUAAUAAAGUACUGCGUUCGGAAAGACUCAUUCAGCCAAAGCUUAAGCUUCCUUUCCACUAGUUAUAUCAUUCUCAUUUGUCUUAUUUAACUACAGCUUCAAAUGUAAAAUCUACGAUAUGUUCUAAAACUACCUUUAUGUAUAUUCGAAAUUAAAUAUUAAGUUAGUCACUCAUCGUAGUUUGUCUCGUGCGGAUUGAAAAACAGAAUCUAAAUAUUUCAAUAAAAUGAAAUUCCUGCUAUUUAUGGUCUUCUGCGCCUCACUCACUCAGUCCCACACACGAAGCAUUACAAAAGACUAUAACACAGGCACAGCAACAGCAUUUGGUGAUGACUAUCAUAACUCAUCUAAGAACGGUUAUGGUUAUGAGCAACCGAAAAUUCAAUUCAAUUAUCCAAAAGCCGAAAGCACACACACGAACUACAAAGCAUCGGAGACAAUUAAUUACCUGAACUAUCAAUCAGCACAUUCGAAGCUAAAGCCAGUCGGCAACGCACCUUUGCGAUUUGUAUUUCAAAUACCCCAGAUGUAUGCUGGUAAGCCAUAUAAACACGAGAAGGAUCUACGUAGAAUUGUGGAGGAACGCGAACAGCGACGACCGGCACCACGACGUUUAGUGCCAUACACCGAGGUAAUCACAUACGAGCUGUAAGAUUUAAUGACGAUCGAAAAAGAAUUGACAGCAGUAAAUAUUUUACUAAACGACGUAAUGACAUAGCUAAACAAAUAGUCAAAAAAAAUUUAAUAAUUUGUUUUUAUUGACACGAUAAACAGCGACUUGUUUACUACUAAUCAUAAUCAUUGGAAACUCCCCUAAAAAAUGGAUAUCAAAAUAUAGUGACA